AAUGUUUCACUUGGCUAGCACUAGCACGCAAAUCAAGAGGAAUUCGUGGUAAAUUCCCAAUAAAGAGCUUCAAAGGGUCCCUAGAGACUUUCUAGACGUCGUUUGAAGCCAACAUCGCCUUUAAAAGUCGCUUUAAGGGAAGAAUAUAAAGGAAUCAUGAGGAUUCUUCAAAAACUCACAAGGCCACUCGCCUCCAAAACCGCCCAAGCCUAUAGACAUCAUCUAGGCGCACAAGGAUUUUCCACCGCAAAGAUUUCACCCGCAGAAAUCUCAAAACUCUUGCAAAGCCGCAUCGCCGGAUGGGACACUCAGAAGGACGUAAAGGAUGUCGGAAACGUGAUUAAUGUGGGAGAUGGUAUUGCCCGUAUUUAUGGUCUAAAGGAGGUCAAGGCUGGAGAGCUCGUCAUGUUCUCAAGUGGAGUAGCUGGAAUGGCUUUAAAUCUGGAAACAGAUAACAUCGGUGUGGUCAUUUUCGGUGACGAUAGAUCCAUCCUUGAGGGUGAUACUGUGAGGAGGACCAAUCGUAUUCUUGACGUUCCAGUUGGUCCAGAGAUGUUGGGACGUGUCGUAGAUGCGCUUGGAAAGCCAAUUGAUGGAAAAGGUCCCGUAGAGACCAAGCUUACUAGCAGAGUUGAGGUUCCAGCACCAGGUAUCAUAGACAGAAGAAGUGUGCAUGAACCCAUGACCACUGGUAUGAAGUGCGUAGAUUCACUCGUCCCAAUUGGAAGGGGGCAACGUGAGCUCAUCAUCGGUGAUAGGCAGACAGGAAAGACUGCUCUUGCUGUCGAUACAAUCCUUAACCAAAAGGCUGCUAAUGAACUUUUGGAUGAAAAGGAUAGAAUGUAUUGCAUUUACGUUGCAAUUGGUCAAAAAAGAUCCACUGUUGCUAGGAUUCUAAAGGUUUUGGAGGAGCAUGAUGCUCUAAAGUAUACAAUUAUCGUUGCAGCUACAGCUUCUGAUCCAGCUCCACUGCAAUUCUUGGCUCCAUUCACCGGAUGUGCAAUGGGAGAAUGGUUUAGAAACAACGGAAGACAUGCUGUUAUUAUAUACGACGAUUUGUCGAAGCAGGCUACAGCCUAUCGUCAAAUGUCCUUGUUGUUGAGAAGGCCUCCAGGCAGAGAAGCCUAUCCUGGUGACAUUUUCUAUCUUCACAGCAGAUUGUUGGAGAGAGCCGCCAAGUUGAGUGAUGCCAAGGGAUCUGGAAGUCUCACUGCUCUGCCGAUUAUUGAAACGCAAGCUGGUGAUGUCUCAGCCUACAUUCCAACCAAUGUCAUUUCCAUUACUGAUGGACAAAUCUUUUUGGAAAGUGAACUCUUCUACAAGGGUGUUCGUCCCGCCAUCAAUGUCGGUCUUUCCGUCUCUCGUGUCGGAUCUGCCGCUCAAUCCAAGGGAAUGAAACAAGUAUCUGGUACCAUGAAGUUGGAUUUGGCUCAAUUCAGAGAAAUUGCAGCCUUUGCCCAGUUCGGAUCGGAUUUGGAUGCCGCAACUCAAAAGUUGCUCACAAGAGGUACUCUUCUCACCGAGUUACUAAAGCAAAAGCAAUACGCUCCUCUCCCAAUUCCACUCCAAGUCUGCAUCAUAUACGGUGGAGUAAAUGGUCUAUUGGACAAAAUCGAUCCAAAGGAUGUCAUGAAAUUCGAAGCACUCUUUAUAGAUCAUUUGAACACACAACAAGCCGAUCUGCUCAAGAAGAUUGAGGAAGGGGGACAGUUGACUCCAGAGCUUGAAGCUAGACUCAAGCAAGUUAUCGAAAAUUUUAUAAGCAGCAGUGAUCUCAAGAAGGCAUGA